GGUAAAUGAAAAGAAAACGCAAGACAUGAAGACAGAAGGCACGAAGAAAUAGUGUUGGAGUCUUGAGUGUAGUAGCUGCAUUGUAUAUAAUAACCAUCAUCAUCAUUCAUCGCCUUAAAAAAAAAAAAAGGAUAAUCCUUCACUAUGGAAUUCGAUUAACACAUUUCACACCAUAAUUUGGGGAUUUUCUCAAAUCCAAUUAGGGUUUCCAACUGCGCUACUUUCUUCACUUCUUUCCGUUUUGUUUCUUGUUUCUUCGCAAAAAUCACGGAAUUGAAUUGAACUGAGGAACUUUCUUCCGUAGAAUCAAACCUGGGGAGUGAAGGUUCUGGUUCUCUUCAUCCUCGCUCCUUGUGCUGUUGCUUCCUUCGUUUCUUGCGUUCCUUCAUGGCUGAUAAGAUGGAUAUCGAUUCUCCCUCCGAAUCUCAACCCCUCAGGACACGAGAUCGAAUCGUUCGGAGGCUUGUGGAGUUUGGGGUUCCUGAGGAGCAGCUCAAUGGGCGUGGUUUGGUUGCUUUUGUUAAGGAUAAGAAGGAGUUGAUAGAUGAUUUGGUGUCUGUUAUAUUGCCUACUGAUGUUGAACUGGCAGGAGUAUCUCAAGAUUCAAAAUUGGGUUCGAGGAAGACAUUUCAAGAGUGCUUGGUGUGGUUGAAGUGGUUGAUGUUUGAGGGUGAUCCCAGUGCUGCUCUGACCAACCUUUCUGAUAUGUCUGGUUGCCAGAGGGGUGUCUGUGGGGCUGUUUGGGGUCGUACUGAUAUAGCUUACAGGUGUAGGACUUGUGAACAUGACCCGACUUGUGCAAUUUGUGUUCCUUGUUUUCAGAAUGGGGAUCACACAGGACAUGAUUACUUUGUUAUAUACACGGGCGGUGGUUGUUGUGAUUGUGGAGAUGUGACAGCGUGGAAGCGAGAGGGGUUCUGCUCAAUGCAUAAGGGUGCUGAGCAGGUACAACCACUUCCGGAGGAAGUAGCGAACUCUGUUUCUCCUGUGCUUGGUUCUAUUUUCAGUUGUUGGAAAGACAGACUAAUGGUGGCGAGUGAUUCUGUUCCAAAAAGAAAGAAGGCUGCAAAUGAUCUAACUUUUGCUGUGGUUGACAUGCUUUUAGAAUUUUGCAAGCAAAGUGAGAGUUUGCUCAGUUUUGUUGCUAGGUUGUUGUUUUCCUCUACUGGUUUAUUGAGCGUCCUGGUGAGAGCUGAGAGGUUUUUGACUAAUGAUGUUGUAAAGAAACUCCAUGAGCUACUCCUGAAAUUGUUGGGAGAGCCUACUUUUAAGUACGAGUUUGCAAAAGCUUUUCUCACUUACUAUCCAAGUAUUAUAAAGGAGGCCAUUAAAGAGGGCAGCGAUAUUCCUCUAAAGAGAUACCCACUACUAUCCAUGUUCUCUGUGCAGAUACUUACAGUUCCAACUCUUACUCCGCGUCUUGUAAAGGAAAUCAACCUACUGACCAUGCUGUUGGGAUGUUUGGAGAAUAUUUUCAUUUCUUGUGCUGAAAAUGGACGUUUACAGGUUUCCAGGUGGGUACAUUUGUAUGAGACAACAGUACGAGUUAUUGAAGAUAUUCGGUUUGUUCUGAGCCAUGUGGUGGUAUCCAAAUAUGUAACCAAUGACCAUCAAGAUAUCUCAAGAACUUGGAUGAAGCUUCUUUCCUAUGUGCAGGGAAUGAACCCUCAAAAGAGAGAAAUGAAUCAACUUCUAGAAGAAGAAAAUGAUAAUGUCCAUUUGCCUUUUGUUUUAGGGCACUCUAUAGCCAAUAUUCACUCUCUGUUGGUGGAUGGGGCGUUUUCUGAUGCUAGCAAGGGAGAGGUGGAUGAUGAAAUUGUUUGGAGCACGGAUAGGAAUGAAUCGGAUGAUGGAGAUGAUCUAAGACAUGCUAAGGUUGGGAGGCUAUCCCAGGAAAGCUCUGCAUGUAAUCUGACCAGUAAAAGUAGUGUCUUCGCAUCAUCACAGGUUCUUGAGAUAAAAUAUGAUACUUCUUCGCAUCUGCUUCCAUGUUCUGCCACUUGGUUGAUACACGAGUCUUUAAGGGCUGUUGAAAAUUGGUUGGGAGUUGAGAAUACCCCUGAGGUACUUCCUAACAUGUUGUCUUCAAAUAGUGGUACUGGCAAUUUUUCAGCAUUUAAGAGAACAAUAUCUAAUUUCAGAAGGGGUAAAUUGAAAACAAAUGAUGAAAUUGGUUCAGAAAAUACUAGUGCUCGUUCCAAUUUCGAUAAUGUUAGAAUAUCUGAAAAAUAUCUUCUCGCGUCAUCAAAUGAUAGUACCAUGGAAGAAGAUUUUCCUGUUGAAUCAGAUGGGUUACGUUCUCUAUCAUUACCUGAUUGGCCACAGAUAGUCUAUGAUGUUAGUUCACAAGAUAUAUCUGUUCACAUUCCGUUUCAUAGAUUCCUUUCAAUGCUGUUACAAAAGGCACUAAGGAGAUACUUUUGUGAAUCUGAAGUGCCAGUUGUGACUGACAUUUCUGCUAAUUCAUCCUCAACAAUCUAUAAUGACUUCUUUGGACAUGCUUUACGAGGAAGUCAUCCUUAUGGUUUCUCUGCCUUUAUAAUGGAGCAUCCAUUGCGUAUUAGGGUCUUUUGUGCUGAAGUCCAUGCUGGAAUGUGGCGUAAAAAUGGCGACGCUGCUUUACUAUCAUGUGAAUGGUACAGAUCAGUGCGUUGGUCUGAACAAGGUCUGGAGCUUGAUCUAUUUCUUCUUCAGUGUUGUGCUGCACUUGCUCCAGAAGAUCUUUUUGUCAGUAGAGUUCUAGAGCGCUUUGGACUAUCAAACUACUUAUCCCUGAAUUUUGAACAGUCUAGCGAAUAUGAACCUGUUUUAGUCCAAGAAAUGCUUACUCUUAUUAUUCUGAUAAUAAAAGAACGGCGCUUUUGUGGUCUAACUACUGCUGAAAGUUUGAAAAGAGAACUAAUUUAUAAGCUAUCCAUUGGAGAUGCUACUCAUAGUCAAUUGGUGAAGUCCCUUCCUCGUGAUCUCUCCAAGUUUGAUAAGCUUCAAGAUAUUUUGGACACUGUUGCUUCAUAUUGCAAUCCGUCAGGCUUUAAUCAGGGUAUGUACUCUCUGCGGUGGUCAUUUUGGAAAGAAUUGGAUCUGUAUCAUCCACGUUGGAAUUCGAAGGAUUUACAAGUUGCCGAAGAAAGAUACUUGCGCUUCUGCAGCGUCUCUGCACUGACUACUCAGCUGCCCAAGUGGACCCAAAUUUAUCCUCCCCUGAAGGGGAUAGCCAGAAUAGCCACUUGCAAAGUUGUCCUGGAGAUUAUCCGUGCUGUGCUAUUUUAUGCUGUUGUUACUUUUAAAUCUGCUGAAUCUCGUGCUCCUGAUAGGGUUCUUCUACCGGCGCUACAUUUGCUAUCAUUAUCAUUAGAUAUCUGCUCUCAGAAGAAAGAAUUUAGUGAGAAUAAUGUGUCACAAAUUCCCAUAAUAGCAUUCUCUGGAGAAAUAAUUGAUGAGAGUUCAUUUUAUGGUGUUGGGGAACAAAGCUUGUUGUCACUUCUUGUUUUAUUGAUGGAAAUGAACAGAAAGGAAAAUGUUGACAACUUUGUAGAACCAGGUGGUUUAUCUUCUCUAGUUGAAAGUUUAUUGAAAAAAUUUGCUGAGCUUGAUGAAUGUUGCAUGAUUAAGUUACAAAAACUUGCUCCUCAAGUGGUGAAUCAUAUCCCUGAAAGUGCUCCAACUGGAGAUUCUAGUGUCUCAUUGUCGGCUUCUGACAGCGAGAAACGCAAGGCAAAAGCUCGAGAGAGGCAGGCUGCAGUAUUGGAGAAAAUGCGAGCCCAACAGACAAAAUUUAUGGCCAGCAUUGAUUCUAAUGUUGAUGAUGACUCUCAACUUGGUAAUGAAGGUGACUUAGAUGCUGAACAUGAUUCUGAAGAAUCCAAACAAGUUGUUUGCUCUCUUUGCCACGACCACAAUUCAAGGCAUCCAAUUUCAUUUUUGGUUCUUCUUCAGAAAUCUAGGCUUGUUAGUUCUGUUGACAGAGGUCCCCCAUCAUGGGACCAACUUCGCCGAUCAGAUAAAGAACACAUGCCUGCCACUAACACCAAGGAGAUAGACACAAUGCCCGUUAAUCGGAAUUCAGGUAGUUUGGAAUCAACUUCAUCUUCCAACUUAACUCAGUUAGAUCAGAAUGCUGCCACUGAAUUAGCUUGUAGUGGGCAACCUGGGGAAGUUAACGCUUCUCUGCAAUAUAUCAAGAAUCAUUUCCCAGCGUUGGAAAAUUUUCAUCUCCCAGAUACGUCUUGCGAGGAAAAAGAAAAAACGCCAUAUACUUUCGAGACAUUAGAGCAGAUUAUGUACUCCUCCAUUCAUGGCGAAAUGCAUGAUCUUCUGUUGUCUUCAAAUUUGAUGAAUGAGGAUGAGAAUGUUCCAACUGUUGAAGGGAACUCAAAUGUUACUACAACUGGAUCUGCAUUGCUUGGGAAAUAUACAGCUGAUCUUGUACAAGAGAUGUCGGAUAUUUCUUCUGCAUCUGGAAAUGCUUGUAAUGAGAAUGCUUCCCUGGAAUCAACAUCAACACAUCUAGCAAAUAAUGGUUUUGGCCCAACAGAUUGUGAUGGAGUUCAUCUUUCUUCUUGUGGGCAUGCCGUUCAUCAAGGAUGUCUUGGCCGAUAUUUGUCUUCAUUAAAAGAAAGAUCUGUCAGAAGAAUUGUUUUUGAAGGAGGACACAUUGUUGACCCAGAUCAGGGAGAGAUUCUCUGCCCAGUGUGCCGCCGACUUGUCAAUUGUGUCUUGCCGACUUUACAUGGAGAGUUACACAAUUCUUUUGUCUCGAGUACGGGUUCAAUACAUAGUACAUCCCCUUUUGCUGACUUGAAUGAUGCGACUUAUUCACUUCGCCUUCAACAAGCCCUUAACCUCUUAAAGUCUGCUGCCAAUGCAGUUGGGAAAGAGAAAUUCCUAAAAGCUAUUCCUUUAAAUCAUAUUGAUAGGAGUAGACCAAAUGUUGAAAGUUUUUCAUUGGUGCUAUCUAAAAUGUAUUUCCCUGGAAAGCAAGAUAAGUUAUCAAGAUUUUCCAAAGUUAACCACUCACUGCUGAUGUGGGACACUCUCAAGUACUCGCUGACGUCAAUGGAGAUUGUUGCACGUUGUGGAAAGACUUCUUUGACUCCAAACUUUGCUCUUAGUGCCAUGUAUGAAGAACUCAAAUCUUCAAGUGGCUUUAUAUUAACCAUGUUGCUGAAGCUUGUUCAAAAGACGCGGAUUAAGAAUUCUAUUCACGUACUUCAAAGAUUUAGAGGUGUUCAACUCUUUGCAGAAUCAAUUUGCUCUGGGGUUUCACUGAGUUAUGCAAAUAAUGUCAUUUCUGGGAGAGGUGAUAUGUUAUCUGUCUUAAAGCAUAUUGAAAUGGACCAGACAAACACAGAUAUAUGCUUUUGGAAUCAGGCUUCAGAUCCUGUGCUUGCUCAUGACCCUUUCUCAACAUUGAUGUGGGUUCUUUUUUGUCUACCUCACCCAUUUUUAACAUGUGAAGAAUCUUUGUUAUCACUAGUGCAUGUUUUCUAUAUGGUAGCUGUAACCCAGGCUAUAAUUUUGUAUUAUGAGAAAUCUCGGGAUAAGUUAUCAAGUAAACCAGCUCCUUCAGAUUGCCUGAUUACUGACAUAAAUAAAAUUAUGGGAGAGUCUGGAGGUGCUUCCCAUUAUUUUGUGUCUAACUAUUAUGAACCUAAUGUUGAUAUUAAAGAUGCAAUAAGAAGGUUCAGUUUUCCCUAUUUGCGAAGAUGUGCAUUGUUGUGGAAGAUUCUCUAUUCUACUAUUCCAGCCCCAUUCUGUGAUGAGGAAAAUUUGUUGGAUAGAUCAUGGAAUAUCCCAAGGGACACAAUGGACAUUAUCAAUAUUAACAAGUUUGAGAUUACUAAAAUCGAAGAGCUUGAGAAUAUGUUUAAAAUUCCCCCUCUGGAUGUAGUUCUCAACGAUGAACUUUCAAGAUCUUCAGUCUCUAUUUGGUGUCGUCAUUUUUGCAAAGAAUUUGAAUCACAUAGAAUUCAACGUAAUAUUCAUGUAACUCCUGCAGUUCCAUUUGAGUUAAUGAGAUUACCAAAAGUUUAUCAGGAUCUCUUGCAGAGGUGUAUCAAACAGCGCUGCCCUGAGUGCAAAUCACGUCUUGAUGAGCCUGCAUUGUGCCUGCUGUGUGGUAGAUUGUGCUCCCCAAGUUGGAAAUCAUGCUGCAGGGAAAGUGGAUGCCAAACUCAUUCUGUAACUUGUGGAGCUGGUACUGGAAUUUUUCUGUUGAUUAGGAGAACUACAAUCCUACUACAGAGAUCUGCACGUCAGGCCCCUUGGCCUUCUCCUUACUUGGAUACUUUUGGCGAGGAGGAUUUUGAAAUGAAUCGAGGCAAGCCACUAUUCAUGAAUGAGGAGCGUUAUGCUGCUUUGGCAUACAUGGUUGCUUCUCAUGGUCUGGACCGGAGUUCCAAGGUUCUUGGCCAGACUACUAUUGGUUCCUUCUUCCUGGUUUAGUUCCAAUUCUACUUGUUUAGUUGCGAAAUUAAGAACAUUUGUCUGGACAAAUCUCUGCCGAGUGGAAAUCAGUUCCAUGUUAUUAUAUCUUGUUUUACACUUUCCCUGGCUAACCAAAAGAGCUUUAGUCCAUCAAUUUCUUAUGUGGAAAUUGUACAGCUUAUUGUACAGCUUAUUCAGUAGAAUGAUAUACUUGGCUCCUUUGGGGAGAAUCUACCUGCUGGUCGUGGCUGUACAGAAAUUUCCAUGCUAACAGAACUGCCAGCUUACUUCUGCUUCAUGCUUUAGCAUAAAAGGUCUUUAUAAGUUAAAUAGGUGUACAGGUGUACAUAUAUCAUCACAGUAAUGAGAGAAGCAAUUACAUUAAUGUAUAACUUGUAGAAUUGUGGGCUUAACCCUACUCAUAAACUCAUAAGUAAUGUCUGAGGAGACCAUGAUGGCUUCCCCCGCUUCUCUCUAACUCGGGAGUUUGGUUUUGGGAAAUCAAGACAAAUUCCCAAUUUGUGGGCUUAUUGUAAUCAAGGCAUGUUUGUUUGGUUAUAUAAAAUAUUUGUGGAACGAUGCUUUUAUACUAAUAGUAAAAUUUGUGUUGAACCCAUAGUUCUAAAAAA